ACAGAGGAAGCUUCCCGAGCCUCGCUCCUCUCUCUGCGAACCCUUCAUCUCCUCCGACCCACGCCAUGGAGGUGACCAUGGACCCGCUGUUUCUGGCCUGGAGCUAUUCCAGGAGGCGGAAACUCCAACAGUGCUCGGACAUCUGUACCAAAAUAUUACAAGACAGCCCAUACGACCAGGCUGCCUGGGGCCUGAAAACUCGUGCCCUGACAGAGAUGGUAUACAUAGACGAAGUUGAGGUCGACCAGGAGGGCAUUGCUGAGAUGAUGCUGGAUGAGAGCUCGAUAGCUCAAGUUGCACGACCGGGAACAUCACUGAGGCUACCGGGAACAAGUCAGGGCGGAGGCCCCACAGCAGCUGUCAGGCCUAUGACACAAGCCGGGCGUCCUAUCACAGGGUUCGUGAGACCCAGCACACAAUCAGGGCGCCCUGGGACAAUGGAGCAGGCCAUCAGAACUCCCCGCACUGCGAGCACUGCUCGGCCGGUCACGAGUGCUUCUGGUAGAUUCAUCCGUCUGGGAACGGCUUCAAUGCUGACCAAUCCAGAGGGACCAUUUAUUAACUUGUCAAGACUAAAUCUGGCCAAGUAUUCCCAAAAGCCCAACUUGUCCAGGACACUGUUUGAGUACAUCUUCCAUCAUGAAAACGAUGUGAAAAAUGCUUUAGAUUUGGCUGCGCAAGCUACUGAACAUGCUCAGUUCAAAGACUGGUGGUGGAAAGUUCAGCUUGGAAAAUGUUACUACAGGCUUGGCUUAUAUCGAGAAGCAGAAAAACAGUUUCGAUCAGCUCUCAACCAACAAGAGGUGGUGGACACAUUUCUCUAUCUGGCAAAGGUUUACCAGCGUCUUGAUCAACCAAUAACAGCACUCAAUCUUUUCAAGCAAGGCCUCGACCACUUCCCCGGUGAGGUCACCCUUUUAACAGGGAUCGCUCGGAUUCAUGAGGAGAUGAACAACAUUUCAUCAGCCACAGAGUACUACAAAGACGUGCUGAAGCAGGACAACACUCACGUGGAGGCUAUAGCGUGUAUAGGCAGCAAUCACUUCUAUACUGAUCAGCCAGAGGUCGCCCUGCGGUUCUACAGGCGGCUGCUCCAGAUGGGGGUGUAUAACUGCCAGCUGUACAACAACCUGGGCCUGUGCUGCUUCUACGCGCAGCAGUACGAUAUGACUCUGUCGUCCUUCGAGAGGGCUCUGGCCCUGGUGGACAAUGAUGAGGAGCAGGCUGAUGUUUGGUACAACAUAGGCCAUGUGGCCGUGGGCAUAGGGGACUUGACACUGGCCUACCAGUGUUUUAAGCUGUCUCUGGCUUUUAACAAUGACCACGCUGAGGCCUACAACAACUUGGCUGUGCUGGAGUUACGCAAAGGUCGUAUUGAGCAGUCUAAAGCCUUCCUACAGACAGCUGCAUCCCUGGCCCCUCACAUGUACGAGCCACACUUCAAUCUCUCCAUUCUCUCUGAAAAGAUUGGAGACCUUCAGAGCAGCUACACCGCAGCUCAAAAGUCUGAGGAUGCUUUUCCUGAGCACGUUGACACUCAGCAGCUUCUCAAGCAACUUCGGCAGCACUUUGCGGUGGUGUGAGCGUCAGCCGGCGGACGGCAGGCUUUGGCAGAGAGGUGUGAGAUCAGAGACACUGUGCUUCACACACACCAAGCUAUAACAUGGAAGUCAACAAAUGAGCAUUAGCUUUUGUUUAUUUAUUAAAUGGUACAUACAGACCAAAUUGCCAGUUUGUAAGUUUUACCUAUGCUAGAGUGUAGUUCCCGUUGGAAACAGUGGGGCAUUUUUGUCACGUUUGAUCGUUUGAUCCACAAUCUGUUCAUACGUACAGACGUCCUGGUCAGUGGUAGUUCUCUACAUCUCAGGAAGUCCUUGUGGGGGAUGUGAAGAGUGUGAAGAGGAACGAUCACAGACAUUUAAAGAACUCUUGACCUCCAUUCAGUCCAGUUAAUACCAAGGCUACUUCCACAUUACUACAUUUACGUCUUACAUCCAUACCGCUACAAAGGUUUUUAAGGCCCCUAAAACAGAGAAGUUUGAAACAAUGCUGGCUAUGUUUCACUUUGAAAACUCCCGCGUUGCAGUAAAGACGGGAAAAAAUGUAGACAUUUAGAAAUGAUGACGCAACUCAACUACCAGGGUUGAAGACCAAACAUUACAAAACACUCACGUUCAGUAACAGUUCCAACUCAUCCUCAUCAGUCCGAGAAAAGAAAUCCUGUCUUAUCGAUAAAUGGUCACUAGCGUGUGUUUUAGGUGUGUUAGUAUGAUUGGAGAUUAUUACUGAUACGGAGCUUAAAUGCUGCUGUGGAGUGUAAAUUAAAACAAAAAAAUAUUAGUUUGGAUUUAGCCUAUGUGGUUUUUAUCAUGUCUGUGGCAUUUCAACAUUAAUUUAACAACUUACUGUUAGAUAACUCUCCACGAGCUCUGCAAGAACUAUAUUUAAUAAUAUCAAACAUCAUAUGACAUGUGGGAGGAUAUUGUCCUGAUAAACUUUUAAACUUGUGCCCAGAUGUGUAUAGUGGUAACACACAUGUACAUAGACAAGGUAAAGAUUUUAUUUAUUACAGUAAAAUAAGUAUCUUACAUUUUAUAGUUCAUUUCUUAACUCAGGUGUGUAUUUCAAAACCUUUCUUGCUAUUUUGUAUUCUCAACAAAAUAUUGAUGCGAUAAUAAAAGGAACAAUUUGGAAAAUGUUUGAAGGUCUUUAAGGUGCAGUUAGUUGUUCUUUCAAACAAUUACACUUGAAUUAAA